CCUCCUUCUCAUAAUUCAUUUUUUAACUGCAAAUUUCUUAAACAUGGAAGCAAAGAAGGAUUGAGUGGACCUUUUGUUUUUGAAAGCAAAUCGGACAUAUGAUCGCUAUAUUCACACUGACAGCUAUUUUCGUUGACUUGCCGAUUCAAAACCUGUCAUUUUCCGGCCGGCGAUUGAUACACACUGACCGCCUCGUUGAAAUUAUUUUAUUGUUUUUAAUGAUCACUUCACACUCUCACCCAACAAGAAGAGAGGGAACAGAGAGCCAGUCACAGAUUGAUCAUUUUGACUGAAACCAGUCUCUCUCAGUUGUCCGAAAUUUUUUUCUUUCUACAGUAGAGAGGGGUUUGGGCACUGAAGAUAUGGUCCUGCCAUCUCAUGAAGGUGCCGGCGGCAACCUUUCGCUUGAUUCAGGGUGUUCUCCAAUUUUGCGUUUUCAUUCUCAGUCAUAUCGAUACUGACUGGUGUAACCACUCUUUACAACACUGGGUUGAAAUUUGGGGGAACAGUCUCUUUGAUUUAUGGGUGGUUUAUUGCCGGUGCGUUCACCAUGUUUGUUGGGUUGUCAAUGGCUGAGAUUUGCUCCUCUUAUCCAACUUCCGGUGGUCUCUACUAUUGGAGUGCAAAGCUUGCUGGCCCAAAAUGGGCUCCCUUUGCCUCAUGGAUGACUGGCUGGUAAUUGUCGCUACCUGAUCGUUGUUACUAUCAUUUCAUUUUCAUUGCUCUGUCUGCGAUUUUUUUCCCCCUCUCUGCAUCCUUUUCCUUCUAUUGCGUCCAAUUUCAUUGAUAUUAAUAAUUUAAGCUGUAAAGAUUUUUUCUCAGGGUCGGCAAUGAGAAGGAAGGUGUGAUUGACCUGAUGAAUAGUUGCUACAGAAUGUUCACUCUUCCUUAGUAUAGACUAUAGAGCUCCCUAUAUUAUGCUUUUUCCAAUCUUCAGGUCUCCAUUUCUCUUGAAGCUUGUAUGUUUAGAAUCUCCAGUAUACUUAACUUUUGGAUUAUGCAUUAGCAUUGCUUUGAUUUAGAUUAUUAUAAUUAAGAAAAUAAUUAUAUGCCCUCAAACAGCUCUAGUGUUGCAGAUAACUCUAUACGUAUGCUCAACAAUGAAUAAUUUAACUUCUGGUCUUCUAGUUAGGCUUGUUGCAAUGAGGUUGUUUGGAUGAUGAGGACUUGCAAUCUAAAUGAUGCUUAUUAAUCAUUAAAUUGUAAAUAAUGUAAAAUGGGACUAGUCACAAACCUUAUUGUAAUUUGUAAAGCACUUAACUCAUACCCAAAGCUGAUUCAGCGCUCCCUCUCCUUUAUUGUUGAGCUAGUUUGGAGAUAGCGCAAAUUUCUGCUUUGAUUAUAAGAUAUUAUCCGUUUCUAAUUGCCUAUAUUCUCACAAGCUAAAAAUUGUGAAAUAUGCUGAGAACUAAAGUCACCAUCAUUUCCUUGUUAUUUUACUGGAAAAUUUGACUUUGUCCAUAGGAUCCAGUUUUCACAGUUAUGUUAUGGUGAAGUUAAUCAUCCCAUGGGUACACAUUCUAAUGCAAUGCGAUUUUUUUUCUUCUUGCAGGUUCAAUAUCGUUGGUCAGGUAUAGAUGAUAAUUAUUAUCCAGGAGUUUUAUGGGCGGGCACGGCAAGUGUCGAUUUCUCACUUGCACAGCUGAUUCAGGUGAUCAUUCUUCUCAGCACAGGUGGAAAAAAUGGUGGUGGAUAUGAGGCUUCCAAAUAUGUAGUCAUUGCUUUACAUGGAGGAAUUCUGUUCAUACAUGCCAUAUUAAAUAGUCUUCCAAUCUCAGUGUUAUCUUUCUUUGGGAAGCUGGCAGCUGCUUGGAAUCUAGUAGGUGCUUUGGUUCUUAUGAUUCUCAUUCCUUGUGUUGCAACGGAAAGAGCUAGUACCGAGUUUGUAUUCACCCACUUCAACACUGACAACGGCGAUGGGAUCAGUAGUAAAGUUUACAUAUUUAUUUUGGGGCUAUUGAUGAGUCAGUAUACCCUUCUUGGGUAUGAUACAUCUGCUCAUAUGACAGAGGAAACCAAGAAUGCUGAUAAGAAUGGACCAAGAGGAAUAAUUAGUUCCAUUGGCAUAUCUAUAAUAUUUGGAUGGGCCUACUUACUUGGUAUCACAUUUGGAGUCACGAACAUCCCUUACCUUCUGAAUGAGGACAAUGAUGCUGGUGGUUAUGCUAUUGCCGAGAUAUUUUACCUAGCUUUCAAGAGUAGAUAUGGCAAUGGAACUGGUGGGAUUGUUUGCUUGGGAGUGGUUGCUGUUGCGAUAUUUUUCUGUGGCAUGAGUGCAGUCACUAGCAACUCCAGGAUGGCCUAUGCAUUUUCUCGUGAUGGAGCCAUGCCUUUAUCGUCUUUAUGGCAUAAAGUGAACCAGCAUGAGGUCCCUAUGAAUGCCGUUUGGGCCUCAACAUUUAUUCCUUUUUGCAUGGCACUGCCGUCUCUUGGAAGCUUAGUGGCAUUUCAGGCCAUGGUAUCUAUCGCUACUAUUGGAUUAUACAUUGCCUAUGCCCUACCUAUCUUCUUUCGGGUGACUUUAGCACGCAAGUCCUUCGUUCCCGGACCCUUCAACUUGGGCCGCUAUGGGAUUUUAGUUGGUUGGAUUGCAGUUCUCUGGGUAUUAACCAUCUCAAUCCUCUUCUCGCUGCCUGUGGCAUAUCCGAUAACCCAGGAGACACUCAAUUACACUCCUGUUGCAGUUGGUGGCAUACUCGUUCUCAUCGUUUCUUCUUGGAUUUUUGGUGCUAGGCAUUGGUUCACAGGUCCUGUUAGCAAUAUAGACACUUGAGACAGUAUAUAUAUAGACAUAGAUUUCGAACGUUAAGAAUCGUGUAAUUUUUUUCUGGAGCUCCCAGGAGAUUCAAUUUCUGUCCAUGACUGAUGGCAUUAUUUGCAAUUCCUACAGAAGUUGUAGAUCAAACUGAGGAGUUUAUCUUUUGACCUUUCAAUCGAAUGGGAUCCGAACAGGUAAAGAGUAUUUCUGUCAAGCAUGACACAAUGCGUAUAAAAAAAUGGUUGAUGGGUGAUACUUUUGAAUGAAUUAAGACUUGACAAUUA